CGAUGAAAUUCGUCUGCUUGAAUGAAAGUGAUUAAGAUUUCAGUUGCUCGUGCACCAAAAAGUCGAUUACUUCAUGUCAAAUUGUAAUUGUUAGGAACAGUAGCCAUUGUAGACAAUAUCAAUGGACUUGUCUGAGUAUUGGGCGUAUUAUUGCAACCUUAAAUCGUGCCCGAAUCAAUUCAUCCUCAAAGGAAAAUAACAAAACAAAGAACUAUAAGUGUAUAAAAACAUUGCAUUUCAUCGAAUUACGUACGGGUGUUACCGUCAAUCAACAGAACAAAAAUGAAAUUCGCUGAACAUUUGACCGCCCAUAUUACUCCUGAAUGGAGGAAGCAAUAUAUUCACUAUGAGGAUAUGAAACAAAUCCUUUACCAGGCACAAGAGCAAGCACCUUCAGCUGAAGUUGUAGAGCCUGAGGUUAUUGCUAGAUAUUAUGCAAAAUUUGAUGAACAGUUUUUUACAUACUGUGACAAGGAGUUAGCAAUGAUCAACACCUUUUAUUCUGAAAAAUUUGCUGAAGCUACAAGGAAGUAUGCUGCCCUGAAAAGUGAACUGUCGGUCUCAAAAAACACUAAUGGACAGGGUGAAGGAAAAGCCAACAAGUUGGGUAGAACUCUGAAACGCAACAAGCAACCAGUCAUGAAAAUUUCAGAUCUAAAGCUGGCUUUCAGUGAAUUUUACCUUAGCUUGAUCCUCCUUCAAAAUUACCAAAACUUAAAUUUCACUGGAUUCCGUAAAAUCCUUAAGAAACAUGAUAAGUUGAUACAAACUACCGCUGGAGCAAAAUGGAGAACCGAGCAUGUGGAACAAGCACAUUUUUACACAAACAAAGAUAUCGAUAAACUUUUGAGUGAAACUGAAGCUACAGUUACCCAUGAACUCGAGGGUGGCGAUCGCCAGAAAGCAAUGAAACGUCUUCGAGUCCCACCACUGGGUGAAAGAAAGUCAGAUCUCACAACUUUGAAAGUUGGAUUUUUUACCGGUGCGUUCGUCUGCCUGUUUGUUACAAUGGUUGUUUCAGCCAUUUUUCACAAUAGCCAAGAAAACAAUUGGAGGAUCAUUGUGCGCUUAUACCGAGGCCCCAUGCUAAUUGCCCUGUUCCUAUUCUUUAUGGGCCUCAAUGUUCAGGGAUGGCGUAAAUCUGGUGUGAAUCAUGUUCUCAUUUUCGAAUUGGAUCCGCGCCAUCAUUUGACCGAGCAACAUUUGCUCGAACUUGCAUCGGUCCUGGGGGUCCUGUGGACUCUCUCAGUAUUAGCCUUUCUUUACAGUAAAUUCCUUGGCAUUCCACCAUACGUCAAUCCCCUAGCUCUUGCUGUUACUAUGGUCCUUUUCUUGUUGAAUCCUACAAAGACAUUUGUUCACGAAGCGCGCUUUUGGUUUCUGCGUAAACUGGGAAGGGCUUUAUGUGCGCCGUUUUUUUUCGUUGGUUUUGCUGACUUUUGGCUGGCUGACCAACUCAACAGUCUCGUACCAGUGCUACUAGAUUUUCAGUACAUGAUAUGCUUUUACGCUACCAACGAAGGUAACUGGUAUACGGCUACGGAUUACAACAAGUGUGUCGACAAGACAUGGUUUAUUCGUCCAGUCGUUGCCUGUUUGCCAGCCUAUCUACGUUUUGCACAAUGUUUGCGCCGUUAUAAAGAUACCAAAGAAAAAUUUCCGCAUUUGGCUAACGCUGGGAAGUAUACCACAACUUUCUGCGUAGUCAUAUUUUCCACGCUCUAUCAUUCAUUCGAAGCCGAUGGAGUCGAUAAAAACUCGCACUAUCCAUUCUUUUACACCUGGAUAGUAUGCUCCUUCAUUAGUUCAAUCUACGCUUACAUCUGGGACAUGAAAAUGGAUUGGGGUCUCUUUGAUAGCAAUGCUGGCGACAACCGCUUUCUCAGAGAAGAAAUUGUCUAUUCCAAUGUAGCUUAUUAUUACUUUGGAAUCGUCGAAGACUUUGUCCUGCGUUUCGGCUGGGCAUUUUCUCUUUCACUAACCGAAAUGGGCUACAUCCACGGUGAUCUGAUGUUAUCCAUCUUGGCUCCUUUAGAGGUCUUCCGGCGUUUUGUUUGGAACUUCUUUCGACUGGAGAACGAACAUCUCAACAAUUGCGGAAAAUUUCGAGCAGUACGCGACAUCUCCAUUGCACCGAUGGAUGCAUCCGAUCAGGCCGCCAUUCUCAAGAUGAUGGACGAGCCGGACGGGGUUGUGCACCGCAGGGUACGGAAGAAGACUGUCGGUCAACCGGUGGCCAGCGGUUCAUCAACUACCCGCAAGGACCCGAUCGUUCGUUUCCAUAAUGUCAAAGGCGCUGAAUCCAUCGGCGAAGAAUCUGGAGUAGAAUUACCUAGAGGUUAAUUUUGACUCUCGGUUGAAUUAAAUUGUAUAGUCGCGGCGAAAAAAGUCAUCAUAAACAAUAUACCCAAGUUAUCUCUUC